UUUUUCAUAUUUUUACCUUUCGUCUUUCUUUCUCACUCUCACCUCUUUCAAUCGAUCCUCACAUGAAACCCUAGAAUACCCUUAUCCAUCUCUCCUUAAAACCCUAUACUCUCUCUCUCUCUCUCUCUCUCUCUCUCUCUCUCUCUCUCUCUCUCUGUAUCAAAAGGAAAGCAAGCAUGAGCAAUCUCAGAGCAGCAGCUGUCUGUCGCCCUCACCUUCUCUUCUCCUCCUUCCUCUGCAGCUGCAGGCACCAAAACCACCUUCGAUUUCCUUUCCAGAAACCUAAUUUCCACGUUUCGUCACCCUCCGUAUUCUCUCCUUGCUUCGAUCCCCUUGAAUUCCCGAGGAUCGAUCCAGCAUCUCGUUUCAAUCCAAAGAGAACGGUCGCCAGGGCUUCCACAUGGAAAUCGGAGAAGUCACCCUACGAAACGCUCGAGUUGGAAAGGGAUGCUGAUGAGGAGAAAAUUAAAUUUGCUUAUAGGCGACUGGCUAAAUACUAUCAUCCAGAUGUGUAUGAUGGUAGAGGGACACUUGAGGAAGGGGAAACAGCUGAAGCUCGAUUCAUUAAGAUCCAAGCUGCUUAUGAGUUGCUCAUAGAUGAGGAGAAGCGGAGGCAAUAUGAUAGAGAUCAUCGUGUUAAUCCAAUGAAGGCUUCUGAAGCAUGGAUGGAGUGGCUGAUCAAAAAGCGAAAAGCAUUUGAUCAGCGGGGUGAUAUGGCCAUUGCGGCUUGGGCUGAGCAACAGCAGCGUGAAAUGAAUCUCCGCGCACGUCGUCUUUCUCGUUCUAAGAUAGAUCCAGAGGAAGAGAGGAGGAUAUUGGCUAAAGAAAAGAAGGCAUCCAUGGAGAAUUUCUCAACUACCCUCAAAAGGCAUACCCUUGUUCUGAAGAAGAGGGAUUUAAUGCGGAAGAAGGCAGCAGAAGAGAAGAAGAAGGUAAUCAGUCAGCUUCUAGCUGCAGAAGGCCUCGAGCUUGAUAGCGACAAUGAUGAAGCAUUUUAGAGUAUAUUUUUUUCCUUUUACUUGUUAGGGUUUUAUUUUACCUGUUAGUGGACUUGGCUCUCUAUGAAAACAUGAGACAAGGCUUCUACUGAAUUGCAUAUUUCUUUUGUACACAACUGUAUAUAUAAUUGUUUCAAUAUCUUCAAAAGAAAAAAAUAAAAAAAAGGAUGAGAAAUGCCUCUCUCU